AAAUUUAUGUCAUGUGACGAUCGGUGACUUACUCCCAAGAUAUACAAUCCUUUCUUUUUAUUUCCCUUUUUAAUUUAAUGUAGUCCUUUUCUUAAUUAGGAGUAAAUCCCUUACGAUAUAUAAGAUCUAACAUGCAAAAAGAAAGUUUACGCAAAAAGAUUAGUUCCUUAUAUAGUAUAUCAAGGAUAGAAUGGUAUAUAAAUAAGCACUGCUCUUCUGCCAAGUCUGCCAUUCUGUGUUGAGGGAAGCAAAUAUGGCAGGCUUAUUUGCAAAAUCUGCUUCCCUCUCUCUUAUUAAUCUUGUUAUUUUCUUAUAUUUAUCAUGCUUAACCACCAAUCUCCACGACCACAACUUCCGCCGUCAAAACACCAAGCCGUUUGGCCACAAAACUCAUUCACCGUGAUUCGGCUCUCUCUCCGUACUACAAUCCUAAUGCAACCAUCAAAGACCGUGCUAUAAGCACAUUGAAACGCUCCAGGGCACGCUUAGCAUGCUUGGGAGCAAAGGCCGGUUUUUCCAGUGACGAUGACACCCGUGCUGGUCUUGUUGCCGAGGACAGUGGAGCACAAUUUAUGGCCAAUUUCUCAAUCGGUGAGCCACCAGUUCCACAGCUCUUAACCAUAGACACAGGGAGCAACCUCUUGUGGGUUCAAUGCCUUCCUUGCACCAAGUGCUUUGAACAAACAAGUCCGAUUUUUGACCCUUCCAAGUCCUCUACAUACACCCCAUUAUCAUGCUCAUCCCCAUAUUGCACAAUUUCCCCUAGUGACAAAUGUGACCCCUCAAACAAUUGCAAAUUCUCUCACACAUACUUUGAUAGCACCAAAGUAGCUGGACUUAUUGGGACCGAAAUUUUCACUUUUGAGACGUCCGACGAAGGCAUUAGCACUGUCCCGAAUGUUGUUUUUGGUUGUGCCCAGGACAAUGAUGGUUACAACGGGCAGCCUAGUGGAAUAAUUGGUCUAGGCCCUUCAAACAUAUCUUUGGCAAACCACAUGGGGUCAAAAUUCUCUUAUUGCAUCGGUAGCAUAAGGGAUCCUAACUACCCUCAUAACCAGUUAGUCUUAGGCGAUGGUGCAAAGAUAGAAGGCACUUCAACUCCACUAGAAGUCUACAAUGAACUUUACUAUCUAACCCUAGAGAGCAUCAGCCUCGCGGAAAGGCGGCUUGAGAUCGAUCCGGAAAUCUUCAAGAGAACAGAAUCAGGCUCGGGUGGAACAGUCAUCGAUUCCGGAACAACAAUAUCCUUCUUAGCUACAGGUGCAUACUAUGUGCUUAGAGAUGAAGUUCGGAAGUUGCUUGAUGGAAGAUUGGAAAAAGUGGAAGAGCCUGGUGUUCCUUCAGGUUUGUGCUACAAGGGGAAUAUAAGGGAAGAUUUAACAGGGUUUCCAGAUGUUGUGUUGAACUUUGCAGGUGGGGCUGAAGUAGGGUUAGACGUAGAGAGCGCUUUUCAAGAUUAUGGUGAGGGUGAGUUUUGCAUGGCAGUGCAACUGUCUCCUGAGGGCAGUGACUUGAACGUUGUUGGGAUUAUGGCGCAGCAGCAUUACAAUGUUGCCUAUGAUCUUGCUGCAAGCCAGGUUUAUUUCCAGAGGAUUGAUUGUCAACUUCUUGAUGAUUAAUUGGGGGUUUAUUGCGCAUGAUGUAAUAAUAAUCAGGAAAAACAAAGUAAUUAACAGUCACAUUGAU